CAAUCCUUUAUGUACAAGAGUGAGAGAAGCCCUAGAGGCUAGAGCUGAGCAGUGUUGGUUUUCCCCGUUCCUGAAAAUUUCAGAGGCCUAUACUCUCUCCUCUCUCUUACUCCUAUGUCUCGCCGAGAACAUGGUCGAGAUUCUGAUUCCAGACGACACCGUUCGAGAUUUGAUCGAGAACCCAGUCCUAAGAGAACAAGAAGGGAUGAUGAAUCAGUCACUGAGCGAUCAUCUAGCAAGCUUAAAGUGGGAGCUGAAGAAUUUCAAGAUCAUGAUCGGAAGCACCCACGCCGUCUGCAAGAUGCUGUACCUCUUGAUGCUCCAUUAGCACCUGAUGCAAAGGAGGAGGGCGAGUUUGUUGGAAAGGAUGCUGACAAGAAAACUGAUGCUAACCGAGAUGUAAAGAGACAUCCAACCAAUCGAGAUGACGCGCAACAAUCGAAGUCAUACUUUCAGCACGAUGAGCGUGGCAGUGCCAGGCAUGUUGGCAGAAGCCACAGUCGCAAGGAUGAUAGUGAGCGAGGAUGGUUUAGGGACUCAAAGGAUCAGCGGAGUGGAAGAACAGACAGGACAGCAGUUGAUAAUAAUCUGCAGAAAGAUGAGAAGUCACAUGCUCGUGGGGAUGACAGUCGUGCUUGGCGCCAUGACCGGUUCUUUGAAAGGGAGUCUGAAGGGAAACCACCUGCAAAGAAAAGGCCUGCGUUUACUGAGCAAAAAGUUCCUGUUGAGUCCAAAAGUGCUGAGAAAAAAGUGUCUGAGACCCUAAAGAAAAGUCAGACCGACUACCUCAAUCCAGGAGGUGAGAGAAGAGAGGAUAGAGGUCAGGAAUUCCGUCGUACAAACAGAUCUGAAAAACCGCCUGUAUGGAAUGGAAACUCAAACAGAAGCAGUGGAGAUACAUAUAGAAGCAACCAACAGAGAGGUUACUUUUCAACGAGAGAGAGAUUUGCUGGUGGUGAUACAUACAGGGGAAGAGAAAACUUUAACAGAAGACCAGGUAAUUAUCCAGGUGGUGCACGUGUUGAAAAGUGGAAGCAUGACCUUUACGACGAGACCAACAAGAGUCCUACCUCCAAAAAUGAGGAAGAGCAGAUUGCCAAAGUUGAAGCACUUCUGUCAUCAUAGUUCAGUUCCUGCAUGGGACUGCACUCAGCUUUUGGGUUAAUGAUUAAUGUAGACUUGAAGCUAGCCUGGAAAAAACAAUGUGGAUUUAUGAUUGUUUGUGUAAGAGUUUACUUUAUUGUUCUUGAUCCUUUC